AUGCCCGCGCUCGCGGACACGACGUGCGCGUCCUGCGCGAGCGCGCGGUCGCGGUAUCGAUGCCCCGCGUGCGACGCGACGUCGUGUUCGUUGGCGUGCGUUAAAGCGCACAAAAUUGAGAAAUCGUGCGACGGGAAGCGACGCCGCGACGCCUUCGUCGAGUUAAAGCGGCUCACGGACGCGGACGUGGUGCGAGAUUAUCGGUUCUUAGAGGAAAUGGGCGCGGUGGGGGAGCGAGCGCGGCGGUGGCGACCGAGCGGGGACGCGACGACGCGCGGCGACGGCGAGCGGGUGAGCGGCGGCGGACGCGGCGGACGCGGCGGACGCGGCGGUAGAGGGGGACGGAAUCGGGAUGAUCGGUCGAGAAUGGUCUUAGGAAAGGAACAGGAGGCGCUGCGUGCGAAGUGCGCCGAGCGCGGCGUCGAGGUGCGAUUCGUCGCGGAGGGCAUGGAGCGAAGGCGGAGGAACGCGACGGUAUGGAAUCGGAAAGAUGACGAACUGCGCUGGCGAUUGGAGUGGGUGUUUCACAUCGACGGUGCGCGCGUGGUACGAAUCGACGAGAGUGCGGGCGAAAACGCGACGCUGAGCGAAUUCUACGCCGCACACGUGCGAGAGUUGACGUUGGCGGUUGAAAACAAACCGUCCAUGGCUCCGUUCAAGCUCGCCGCGUUCAAAGAGAAGGAUGGCUUCUGCGUCUUCACCGAGGAGUUCGGCACCCCGGCGAACGCCAAGCUCUGGCACGCGAUCGACGUCCACGACGCGAUCGCCACAGCUCUACGCGGCAAAACCGUCAUCGAGUUCCCGACGUUUCACGUCGUCCCGUCGUCCGCGCGCGCCGACUUCGCCCUCGCCCCCGACCCAUCACCCGCCCAAUCCGACCCUCGUACCGACGUGUAA